AUGGGUGACCCAUCUCUGCCUCCCUGCCACCCUGCCGCAGCGCCGCCUCUCGCCCCUUCGGCAAGUAGGUCCUCGAGCAUGCCAGGGGCGCAGGAGCUCGCCCUCGGCGACGCCCGGGAAUCGUCCGCGUCGCCCGUCCGCUGCGAGUGUUUGUCCCCCGAGGUCGUGGCGAACGGCUGUGAGGGCGAGGCUGCUUUCGAGGGCGCGGGGCCCGAGGGCGCGAGGGCGGGGGCGGCGCCGGUUCGGGGCGCGUCGUGGCAGCAUGACGGAGGCGCGGGUACUCUGGCAGCGUCCAUGCAGCAGUGUCGGCUCAGCGCUGCGAGCCCAGCCAGUGUACGUGGCGCCACGCCAUCACCAGCCUCGCCGUCCUGUUCUCGGGCCUCGCCUUUGGGCCUCCACGCCUGCCCGCCGCCCCUGCCCGCCUCCUGCCCCGCCUCCAGCCCCGCUGCCCCUCCGUGCCCGCAGCCAGCUCAGCCUCGAGGCCAGGCCGCGCACCGCAGCCUCCCGCACGACCAGCGGCUCUCGCCCCACAGCCGCCGGCAGGCCACGUCGCCUCACCGCAGUCGGCCGGCCUGCGCCCUGCAGAGGUGGCAGGUGCCCCCGCGGUCGACAGCCAGGUGGGGGCGCGGGAUGCACCGCCCGCCCCACUCCGCGCCCUUCAGCCCGGCCAGCUACGUCCUGGGAGCCCACGCCGCUGCAAGGUUUGCUCAGAUGUCCUUCGGUUCCUUUGUCCUUCCCCGAGGGCUGCGACGCGGCCGCCCAGCGCUCGCAUGCGCCUGUGUCCCUCGGGCGCCGUCGGUGUGCGACGCAGCGUAA